GGAAGAACACACGCACUACUCCGCUCCCCCCUUCCUCACGUCUAUACUAUGUUAUAUCUGUGAAGCAUUUAAAGCUGGUUAAAACUGGAAUUUGUGGUUCGUGGUUUUACGGAAUAGUUUUGAAAAGCACUUAAGAGCUCGUUGAACAUUUUUGUACCGUGUAAAGGGGAGAGAGAGAGGGAGGAGGGGGGCCGCGGCAUCGAGCUUGAAAAGAAUGCCUCUAAAAACCAAGCUGGACUCCCCCAAAUAGCCAUCACAAUGAAGGUAGCAGAUGAGCCUGCCUACCUGACUGUGGGAACGGAUGUUAGUGCUAAAUACAGAGGUGCCUUCUGUGAGGCAAAAAUCAAGAAUGUUAAACGCAUGGUGAAAGUUAAGGUGGUACUCAAGGGAGACAGUACCUCACAAGUUGUGCAAGAUGACCAGGUCAAAGGACCUUUGAGGGUGGGCUCCACAGUGGAAGUGAAAAGUGCAGAAGGAGCAUUUAGUGAAGCCGUCAUCAGUAAACUUACAGAUGCUAGCUGGUACACUGUGGUGUUUGAUGAUGGAGAUGAGAAAACACUCAGAAGAACAUCACUGUGUCUUAAGGGUGAAAGGCAUUUUGCAGAGAGUGAGACUUUGGACCAACUGCCUCUGACUAAUCCGGAGCACUUUGGCACUCCUGUCAUUGGAAAGAAGACUAAUCGAGGACGGCGGUCUUCUCAAGCAGUUGUGGAGGAUGAGAAGGAGUCAUCAUCCAGCGAGGAGGAGGAAGAUGAUAGACGGCGACUCAGUGAUGAUCUCUUGGGGAAGGUGGCGCUCAUUCAGACUGGGCCAGACCAAGAAUGCUGGUUCCAUGCUCUGGUGAUCUCUCCGAGCUGCAAUGAUGACUUAACUGUUAAAAAGGACCAGUGCUUAGUGAGGUCAUUUGCUGAUUCCAAAUUUCACACUGUGGCCCGCAGUGAAAUUCAAGAAUUGUGUGUGGACACCAUGUGCAAAUCGGAGCACUCUGACAAAAACGGAUUUGAGGAAGCACUGCUCUUCCUCCAAUCCAAGCAGAUCCCCGAUGCCUGGAAGAUGGACAUGAAUGAGAUCCUAGAAUCCUCCAGCAGUGAUGAGGGUGAAGGCAAGGAAAGUGAGGAAGAAGAGAAGGAACCAGAGCCAGAAGAGCCUGAUGAUGAGCCAGACCCAGAAGAGAGGGACUACUUCCUACAGCAGCUGUAUAAGUUCAUGGAAGACAGAGGCACACCAAUUAACAAACCUCCUGUGCUGGGUUACAAGGACCUGAACCUCUUCAAGCUCUUCAGGCUGGUUUAUCAGCAUGGUGGCUGUGACCAUAUUGAAAGCGGAUCUGUAUGGAAACAGGUCUAUAUGGAUUUGGGCAUCCCUGUCCUGAAUUCAGCAGCAUCAUAUAAUGUGAAGACAGCUUAUAAAAAGUACCUGUAUGGAUUUGAAGAGUACUGCAGAUCAGCUCGGAUCCAGUUCAGGACCGUGCACCAUAACGAGCCUAGGCCAGUCAUUCAGCCAGAUGUGAAGAGUGUUGAACAGGAAAAGGAGGUCGAGAGCGAAGAAAAGGGAGAUGAGACCCAGCAGGCUAAAGCUGAGCCCGAAGCAAGCAAAGACAAACCUGAUGAUGAGGAGUCAGAUGGUGAGGGUGAGAAAAGCCACAAAGACAUCUGCUCCCCUAGGGGCCGACGGCGCUGUACAGUAACUCCAUUGAAAAUGGAAGGGAAGGAGCCUGUCAAACAGGAAAAGGUGAGGGAGGAGAAGUGUGAAGAAGUGCAAGGAGGAGAAGGCAGCGGAGAGGAACAGAAGGAAAAAACAGAGGGAGAUAAUUUGGGAAAGCGACGCAGUCGACGCCUAGAAGAGUCUGACAAAGACUCAGAUGAAGAGGAUCAGGAGGAAGAUGAUGAUGAAGAUGAAGACUGUGAUAAAUCCAGACUCCGAGAAAGAGAUGAGAGGGAGCAUGAAGAUGGCGAUGAAGAGUCUGAGCACUCUGUUACUGGGACAAAAGUCAAGGUCAAAUAUGGCAAGGGAAAGACACAGAAAAUUUAUGAAGCUAAUAUCAAGAACACGGAGACUGAUGAUGGAGAAGUCCUCUAUCUGGUCCAUUACUAUGGGUGGAAUGUGAGAUAUGAUGAGUGGGUUAAAGCCGAUAGGAUAAUUUGGCCUGUUGAUAAAGGAGGAACAAAGAGAAGACAGAAGAAGAAAGUGAAGAAUAAAGAUGAUGGUGAGAAGGAGGAGGACAAACAGCCCAAACCGGUGGCAAAACGUGGCCGUCCUCCACUGAAGUCCACCCCUCCCAGCACCUCCCGCAGUGUAUCUAAAACUCCUAACAGUGAGGGCAGAUCUGCCACCAAAACCUCUCGUCUCUCAGAUCUUUCCACUCUACCCAAUGGAGAGGGAACUCCUCGUCGGCACACUAGGAAAACCUCUGGGAUGUAUGAUUCUGACAGGGCAUCUAAUGAUUCAGGAAACUCGUCGGAAGAGAGUGAGGGUGAGGACACUCCUGAGAAGAAGCCUGAAUGGGCAGAAACAACUGAUCCUGCUACAGCACGAAAGCAGGAGGAAGAGGAGGCGAAGGAAGAGGAAAGGCAGGAGCAGGCAGGAAGGGUGGCGGCUGCUGAGGUUGAGCCAGUGUGUCCCACCAUCCCUCAGGAGAAACCACAGCUGCUGGAGGGAAAUGAGGUGGAGAAACGUGAGGAAGAAGUGGCAAUGUCCCCAGAAUCUGGUGACAAAUCUCCUAAAUCGAGAGCAAAAAAGGCUCGCCAGAGAGAACCUGGGUCUGAGACUCUGAUACAGCUGCCUGCUACGACAAACCAUGCUGAGCCUGAGGGUUCUGGCACUCUUCCUCGCCAGCCUAAGAAGUCUCAGGAUAGUGAGCACGUCAGCCCUACAGAGCAAGUGCCUCAAACAGCUGGCUCCGACACAGAUUCAGCCACUGAAGACAUUGGUCCUCCAGAGAGGAGCUGCAUAACCAAGCGCAAGGCCACAGAGCAUUGGACUCCAGACAAGAAGAUUCGCCUCGAGCACAAGGAGGAACCCAAAACUCUGUCACCAGAGAAAAAAUCAGACACUGAAAGACCAACGGAAGCUGUUCAGAAAACGGAAGAACCCCUUGCACCACCAGUUCCAGCUAUAGUAGCUCCUCCUGAAGAACCUGAGGGCAGAACAGAAAUGCCUGCUCUUACCAAAGAAGUCCAGAUAAGAGUAGAACCUCUUUCAAGCUUGUGCACAAUGAAGGAGGACCCUAUAACAAUCACUGACGAAGAGAUGAUGCCUCAGAUAGGCCCAGAGGCACUGGUGUGUCACGAGGUAGAUCUGGAUGACCCUGAAGAGAAGGAGAAGCCAUCAGGAGAGGAGCUUCUGGUGCUGAGGGAGGAAAAGACUCAUACUCCCAGCUCAGCCUUAGCUCAGGUGCCGCCCCAGCAGCCUUCCUUUCAUCUCACUCCCAGCCUGACGGCAGCAGCGCCUCCUCAGCUGUGUUCUACAUCCUCUGCCCCCAGCCCAGAUGAGUCUCACAGCACCAAAAGUGAGAGCGAUGCCACCUUUGAGGCAGAUAGCAUGGCUGAGUCACAUGAGGGGCUCGGUGAGAACUUUGAUGCCAGUGCGAGUUCCAGCAACUCCAGCAUUUCCUUGCAGGAGAGGGAUGCCAAGGACAAAGGUCAGAAAAGAUUGCACGACUGUAACAGUGGCUCAUCUGCUAAGAAGCAGAAGCGUAACCAGAAACGGCUAGGAACUGUUUCUGCUGCAGAGAAGAAUGGAGCAGGUCACAGCAGUGACAGUGAAGACCUGUCUGCCAUGGACACCUCUAAUAAACUGACUCCAGUAAAACACUCCAGCCUGGCCAAGGCCCAUAAGCUUUCUCGCUCUCCUGGCCACGCGUCUCCCAGCAGCAAAGACAUGGAGAAAGACAAGCACAAAGACAAGCAGUCCUUCCCCUCUCCGCGCACCUACAAAUGGACUUUCCAGCUGAAUGAGUUAGACAACAUGUCGAGCACUGAGAGAAUUUCUUUCCUACAAGAGAAACUUCAGGAAAUCCGAAAAUACUACAUGUCCCUGAAAUCUGAGGUGGCCUCCAUCGACAGGAGGCGGAAGAGAUUAAAAAAGAAGGAGAGAGAAGUGUCCCACACCACAGCAUCUACAUCCUCUGGCUCAUCAGACACGGGCAUGAGUCCUUCCUCAGCUUCGCCCACUCAGAACACUGUAGCUGUGGAGUGCAGGUGAUAGGAUACCAUGCCUGUUUAUCCCUCCACCCUGCUGACCUCUGCCUUCUCAGCAUCUCUGCUGCCUCAAUGGGGACGUGCAUACUGAUGAGCCAGAGCAAGCAGCCAUAGCACUCGACUGCCCUGCCUCCUCUACCCUCUCCUGUCCCCCGAUCCCUUUGGCCACUCCCACCUCCUGCACUUUGUAAACUGAUCUUGCCUCUCGCUCAGUCUCGCUGCCACUUUCCACAUCAGGAAAUGGAUUCAGUGUGAGGGUUGAAUGUGUGUUAAAAAGAAAAGAAAAAAAAAGAUCUUACAAAUCCAUCCACAGACAGUACAACGGCACUUUUCUCUCUCUUCCUUCAACCUGGCCCAAAACAGAAGCCUCCUCUUGCUGUGUCAGUUGCACAGGCUGGUUUGGAUGCAGUAAUUGUUCAGAAAGCUUUCAUCACAACAUUGUAAAAUCCCAGAUUAUGUUCCCUGUAUAGGUAUGGUCACUUAACCAGCUGGAUAUGGUUAGGAAAAAGAAAAGGUCAAUUUUGUGCGCUUGCUCCAUCAGAACUGCCAAAGUACAUACGUUACAGCAGAGUGCCCUAUUUUGGAAAAGUGGGACAAAGUCAAUUGCAAAAGGGAAUGUAGUUUACUGAAAACUGCAGCUGGUGUCUUCCACUCUUUGUAGUGUGAGUGCGAGCACAGAUGAAUAUGCAAAACUCUAUUUUUGUCUUUUAAAAAAAAAACAUGAAAGAAAAUGUUUACAGUGGAACACAGGACAAAAAAAUGUUUUCAGUGGACUAAUUUCCUUUGCGAGUGUAUUUUGUCUUUUUAUAUGUAAUUGCAGAGUUUUAUUUUAGUAUGAAAUUUCAAAAGGUAUAUAUUACAGCCAUGAAAUUAUUUAAUUAAAUAUUUCUAGGUCUGAAUUUUUGUGUAAAAUAAAGGUAUUAUCUUGCAACUUGUUAAGUAUAUUUAUUCAGACAAUGAACAGCGUUUUUGUAUUCUUUCCAAAAUGAGAACUUUCCCACGUUCAUUUGGUUAAUGGUGAAAAAAUAGAUUAAUGAAAGUGUGAUGGACGAGUUAGACUGUGAAGUCACAAUUGGGUAACUACUGUGCAGUAAAUUGUUCCCACUGCUGUUCUCCCCUUUUCCCAUUUGGGCCUGAUAAUCACGAGAUUUUUGUGAAAACUUUAUGGACCACCAUUACUUGGUGACCAUCCCUGCUCAAGUUCAGAUUUGCUGGUACUUGUGUUUAAAGCAAUUUGUUCGUAACGUUCCAACACUGAGUUCUCAACCAAUUGAAUAAAAGUUGCAUAAUGGAUGUGUAUGUUUAGCCCAGGGGUUUCUUACUAUGAUGAUUUCUUUUGUAUAUAGAUCUUCCAGAACCAUGUAUUUGAGAAAUACAUUUUACACAAACUGUAAAUGAUUUAUAUUAUUUUUUAAACAAUACAUCUUUGUAUAUUAAACUUUUUUUUCUAUGUCAAGUUGGUAGAGGAAUUAGCACACUUUACUGUAUAUAAUCAAUCACUGGUCAACAACAGGAGCCUAAUCUCAGCCCUAUAGAGAAAUGAACCCACUAGGAUGUUGAAUACGCUGAAGGCAAUGAUAUGCGGAAAAUAACCUGCUUCCCUGUAAGCAAAAUUAAUUUACAGAUUCCUGGAUGAAGGAAUGAAGGCAUUAGGUUCCUGAGCAAAGCCAAUGUAUCUUUAUGUAAAAUAAGCAGAGCUCUUCUCAUUUCUAAUAAAAUUUUGAAAUAUUA